AGAGUCUGAUAUAGGGCGGCCAUCUUGAACAGCUGUGGAAGAAAACAAAGUCGGGUUAUCCGUAUAUUUUUCCUCCCAGCGUGUGCUCCAUAACAGUAAAGACGGCAUGCGGCAGGUGAUGGGUGGUGUGAGGCGGUGGUUGGUUCCUCCUCGUCUUCUGCCCUGCAUGGAGGCAAGACACAUCUGUACUCCCACACCUGCAUUCUACUACACACCUGCCAGGCACUGCUCACACAUGCAUGCGCAAGAUGGGCCGCUCUCAGGGGUCAGAAUAGUUGACCUGACCCGCAUCUUGGCCGGGCCGUUUGCCACCAUGGUGCUUGGUGACCUUGGGGCUGAGAUCAUCAAGGUGGAGCGGCCAGGCGCUGGGGAUGACACCCGCUCGUGGGGGCCGCCCUUUCUCGGCACAGAGAGUUGCUACUUCCUGAGUAUCAACCGCAACAAGAAGAGUGUGGCCGUGGACCUCAAGCAGCCGGCGGGGAUGCGGGUGGUUCAGGAGCUGGCCCGCUGCAGCGAUGUGCUCAUAGAAAACUUUGUCCCCGGAGCCCUGGACCGCCUGGGACUGGGGUACACCGAUUUGCACACCCUUGCCCCGCGCCUCAUCUACUGCUCCAUCUCAGGGUAUGGACCCUCGGGGCCGUAUUCCAACCGCCCAGGGUAUGAUGUGAUGGCCGCUUCCUUUGGGGGUCUGAUAGGGGUGACGGGGCCCAGGGAUGGGGAGCCCUGCAAGGUGGGGGUGGCCAUGACAGAUCUGGCCACAGGUUUGUAUGCUCAUGGGGCCAUCAUGGCGGCCCUGCUGGAGCGGCAGCGGACAGGCGCCGGCCAGAAGAUUGACUGUAACCUGUUGUCGACGCAGGUGUCGUGCAUGGUGAACCUGGCCUCCAACUACCUCAACGGUGGCCAGGAGGCGCGGCGCUGGGGCACGGCACACGAGAGCAUCGUGCCCUACCAGGCGUUCCCCACUGCUGAUGGCCACAUCAGCAUCGGCGCCGGCAGCAAUGACCAGUUCGCUGCGCUGUGCCGCGUUCUGAACCUGCCUGAGCUGGUGACUGAUGAACGCUUCACUACCAACCCUCAGCGGGUGAAGCACCGAGAGGCCCUGGUGGCAACCCUCACCGAUGCCUUCAGCAAGCGCACCACCAAGCAGUGGCUGGCGGUGCUGGAGGGCUGCCCUUUCCCCUACGCCCCCAUCAACAGCCUCUCACAGGUGUUCUCAGACCCCCACGUGGUUCACAGCGGGCAGGUGGAGGAGGUGGAGCACCCGGGCGUGGGCAGGGUAAGGCAGGUGGGCCCAGCGGUGAAGUUCAGCGCCUCACAGAACAAGGUGAGGGCGGCGCCACCACUCCUGGGGCAGCACACGCAGCAGGUCCUGACGCAGCUCCUGGGCUACACGGAGCACCAGGUGGAGGAGCUGCGGAGGCAGGGCGUGGUCGCCUGAGGCCUCCACCAACGCACCAUGCUGAACUCUCACAACUGUCGUGCCCAAUGAUGAUCAGUCUGUGUCCGCAUAUGUCAGUGCCUGGCAGUUAGAUGUAAACUGUUUUGGAUGUCAUAUAUGACACCAAAGUCAAUACCACACUCUUGUAUGUAUGAGUGUAGAUGAUUUUUAUAUUAAAACAUGUAUGGUUAUAUAUUUUAAUAAAAGUAUAAUUUUGC